AUGGGUGCUUCAAAAAGAACUCGAAAAUUUGGCGUUGUUAAGCGUAUCAUCGGCCAGCGAGAUGCGCGAGUUGCGCGUCAAGACAAUUGCGACGGCGAGGGAAUAAAAGCUACGGAAGCAAUGUUUCUCGUAGUUCCUCAGGUUUCCACUUCUCUCUUCUUCCAGUUCAACACUGCGCUCGUUCCUCCAUACUCCAUCCUCAUCGAUGAAAGUAAUGGAAUGUCUACCCACCGCUAG